CUGAUUUUUCCAGUGCCUCAGUGUUCUGCUGCAUUCGUGUCGACUGCCCAGAGUCCACGGAUCCUCACAACUGACCUCAGGACAGAAUAGACCGAGUCAGAGAAACCUAGAACUCCUCUGUCCCAACAUGUCUCUGUACAGCUUCGGGUUAGAGCCUCUGUCCUGUCACGCCUGGAACAAAGACCGAACUCAGAUCGCCGUCAGCCCCAACAGCAGUGUGGUGUACAUUUACCAGAAGAAGGGGAAGGAGUGGAGCAAAAUCCAUGAGCUGAAGGAGCACAGCGGGCGAAUCACAGGAAUCGAUUGGGCCCCGGAGUCGAACCGUAUCGUGACAUGCGCCUCAGACAGAAACGCCUACGUCUGGACGCUGAAGGAUGCCGUCUGGAAGCCGACUCUCGUCCUCGUACGCAUCAACAGAGCCGCCACGUGUGUCAAGUGGUCACCUCUGGAGAACAAGUUCGCUCUUGGAAGCGGAGCCAAACUCAUCUCGGUGUGUUACUUCGAGAAAGAGAACGACUGGUGGCUCAGUAAGCACAUAAAGAAAGGGAUCUGCUCGACCGUGCUCAGUCUGGACUGGCAUCCCAACAACAUCCUGCUGGCAGCCGGAUCAGCCGAUCUCCACUGCAGGGUUUUCUCCACGUACAUCAAGGAAAUCGAGGACAAGCCCGGCCCGACACCAUGGGGAGCCAAGAUGCCGUUUGGCGAAAUGCUUCUGGAGAAUAAAGACUGUGGUGGUUGGGUGCACAGCGUCGCCUUCUCACCGUCCGGAGACACGCUGGCCUGGGUCAGCCACAACAGCUCCAUCAGCGUCGCAGACGCCACACAGGGCAAAGAGAUUACGCAGCUGACUACAGAACAUCUGCCGCUGCUCAGUGUGCUGUACGUCAACGAGACGGAGAUUGUGGCUGCGGGCCACGACUGCUGUCCCUACCAGUUCUCCUACAAGGGGAGCGGCAAGCUGGAUUUCGUGCGAAAGCUGGGCAUCGCCAAGCAGACGUCCAAAAACAGCAUGUCGGCCAUGCAGCACUUCCGCAACCUGGACAAAAAGGCCACGGCCGACGAGGAGGACAACGAGCUGAACAGUCUACACCAGAACAGCAUCACCCAGCUGUGUGUGGUGGAGGGAGACAAGGCCAAAGUGGAAAAGUUCAGUAGUGUCAGUCUGGAUGGAUCCAUGGUGCUCUGGGAAUUCAAGCCUUAAAGCUCUGAGCCAGCGUCCCCACCACAUCACUCCACACGACAUCAUGCCAAGAAUCUCAGUGUCAUUCUGCUGCUGUGUUUCCAAAUAUUGUUUGAGGUCAACAUUUGAUUUUCUUUUACAAAAUAAGCAUACUGUAUUUUUAAUUUCUGUAAUUACUCAGACAAAUUGUAUUACUCUGUGAAUAUUAAUAACACAGACUUUAGUUUUUGUUUUCUUGACAUAUUAAAUAAAAAAAGUAUUUU